AAAAGUUUGACAUUUACCAUUAGUUUUAUUUGAAAAGUUUGCUCAUGUGUCUAGUUUUUGCAGAGAAUUGUGUUAAUUUUAUUGCUAAACCGUUGUUAUAUUCAUUACACAUUAAGUAAUAAGUUUUCUACAAUGGAAAUAUCUGAUGAAAAUCUAAAUACUUUGGCCCAAUAUCUACAACAAACUCUUAAUCCUGAUAUAAAUGUUAGAAAGCCGGCCGAGAAGUUCUUGGAAGGAGUUGAAGUUAACCAGAACUACCCAGUAUUAUUGUUAAAUUUGGUUCAUAAAGAUGGAGUAGAUAUGACCAUUCGAAUUGCUGGAGCAAUUGCAUUUAAAAAUUAUAUUAAGAGGAACUGGAAUGUGGAAGAUGAGCAGCCAGAUAGAAUUCAUGAAACAGACCGUACUGCUAUUAAGAACUUGAUCAUUACUUUAAUGCUAACUUCUCCUGAAGCAAUUCAAAAACAACUUAGUGAUGCAAUAAGUAUCAUUGGUAAAACAGACUUUCCAACAAAAUGGCCAGAACUUAUUACACAAAUGGUUGACAAGUUUGGGACAGGUGAUUUUAAUGUUAUAAAUGGUAUAUUAAGAACAGCCCACUCAUUAUUCAAGAAAUAUCGAUAUGAGUUUAAGUCAAAUAAGUUAUGGACAGAAAUAAAGUUUGUCCUAGAAAGACUGGCGCAACCAUUAACAGAUUUACUUGUGGCAUUAAUGAACUUGACACAGCAACAUGCAGGAGAUGUUAAUGCUUUAAAAGUUAUUUAUAAUUCUCUAGUACUUGUCUGCAAAGUAUUUUAUUCAUUGAAUUUCCAAGAUUUGCCAGAAUUUUUUGAAGACAAUAUGUCAGUAUGGAUGACCAAUUUUCAUACUUUGCUUACUGUGCAAGUGAAAGCUUUAGAAACUGGAGAUGAUGAGACAGGUGUCUUAGAGCAGCUGAAGUCACAAGUGUGUGAUAACUUGGCUUUGUAUGCACAAAAAUACGAUGAAGAAUUUCAACCUUAUCUGCCACAGUUUGUAACUGAUGUAUGGAACUUGCUAAUAUCUACUGGAUUGCAACCAAAAUAUGAUUUGCUUGUUUCAAAUGCUCUUCAAUUUUUAACAACCGUUGCAGAAAGAGCUCAUUAUCGCAACCUAUUUGAAGAUGGCAACGUUUUGAACAGCAUUUGUGAAAAAGUUAUUAUUCCAAACAUGGAAUUCAGACAAUCUGAUGAAGAAUUGUUUGAAGAUAAUCCUGAAGAAUAUAUAAGAAGAGAUAUAGAAGGUUCUGAUUCAGACACACGUAGGAGAGCAGCUUGCGAUCUCGUCAGUACACUUAGUCAAAACUUCGAAGAAAAGAUUAUGGGUAUUUUUGGAAAUUACAUACAGGUAAUGCUAAGUAAAUAUGCGGAAAAUCCCCUUCAACAUUGGAAAAGUAAAGAUUCAGCGAUGUAUCUGGUAACUUCCCUUGUUAGUAGGGGUGCCACUCAAAAACACGGUGUAACCAAAACCAGUCUUUUAGUUUCCGUUCCACAGUUUUGUCAAGAACACAUUAUACCAGAACUCAACAGACCCAACCUUGAUGAACUUCCGGUCUUAAAGGCUGACGCCAUAAAGUACAUUAUGAUGUUCAGGUCUGUGCUUGCCAGCGAUCUCUUGAUUUCUACAAUUCCACAAUUAAUAAGACACAUCACAGCCGAAAGCUGUGUUGUUCACACUUAUGCUGCCUGUACCAUAGAGAAGUUGCUGGUUAUGAAGGAUGCCACUCAGAUGCCCUUAAUAAGCGGUGAUUAUUUGAAUCAGUAUGCAGGAGAUCUGUUAUCCAAGCUUCUAGCGACAUUAGAAAAGCCUGUUUCAGAAGAAAAUGAAUACGUUAUGAAAGCUCUAAUGAGAAGUUUUUCGACUUUACAAGAAAGAGUUAUUCCGUUCUUAGGGGCUAUUUUACCUAAACUAACAGAGAAAUUGCAGUUGGUUGCGAAAAAUCCAUCUAAACCUCAUUUUAAUCAUUUCCUAUUUGAAACAUUUUCUUUAUCAAUUAGAAUUGUAUGUAAAAGUAAUCCAACAGCGAUUUCUUCCUUUGAAGACGUACUCUUCCCGAUUUUUCAAGGAAUUUUACAACAAGAUAUUCAAGAGUUUAUUCCGUAUGUUUUCCAAUUAUUAUCUCUAUUAAUGGAACUCACCCCGCCUGGUGCGAUUUCGGAACCGUACAUGCAACUUUUGCCCUGCUUGUUAGCCCCAGUUUUAUGGGAGCGACCCGCGAAUAUCAGCCCACUUGUACGACAACUUUGUGCAUAUCUUACCCAAGCAGCACCACAAGUUAUUGCACAAGACAAAUUGGGUGGGUUUUUGGGCGUUUUUCAAAAAUUGGUCGCUUCUAAAACCAAUGAUCACGAAGGAUUUUAUUUGCUGCAAACAAUUAUUCAACAUACUCCAACAGAAGCACUGGCGCCCUACCAUAAACAAAUCUUCUUCCUACUGUUUCAAAGAUUGUCUUCAAGUAAAACAACAAAAUAUGUAGUUGGAUUAAUAGUUUUCUUCUGUUUGUACGCUGUGAAAUUCUCAGCAAGCGAACUUGUUCAAACAGUUGAUGGGAUUCAAGCUCAAAUGUUUGGUAUGGUAUUGGAAAAACUUUUCUUAACCGAUCUGCAAAAGGUUUCGGGUGGAAUCGAACGUAAAAUAGUUGCUUGUGGAGUCACCAAGUUGCUCUGCGACUGUCCGGAAGUAUAUUCGGGAACUUAUAAGAAAUAUUGGGCACCUCUUCUUCAGUCGCUAAUAAAUUUCUUCGAGGGACAAAUAGAUGAAAGCACAUUUCCGGAUGACCAUUUCAUCGAAGUUGAUGAUACUCCAACGUGGCAGACCACCAGUGCUAAGCUUAGUUUUGCCAACAGUAGCAAAGUGGAUCCUCUACAAGGCAUAUCAGAGCCUAGACAGUUCUUGUCACAAAGCCUGGCAACUUUGGGUAAUUCUCAGCCGGGACUAUUACCUCCUAUGGUAAACACUAUCGAUCAUACCAGUCUUACGCAUUUGCAAGGAUAUUUAGCCAAAUUUGGCUUCCAGUUAGUUUAAAGUCUAUUAUAAAGUGUACUACGUCGCCUCAUGUAAAAAGUUUAUGUAAAUCUAGAAACGAAAACGUUUUUGUACCACUUCGAUUUGUUAAACUGAUAACAGGUAACAUUCAUCAUCCCAAAUAUUGUUGUAUUUUUUUUUAUAAAAAGAACAAGAUGUU